AUGGGUAUACGGACGGCCGCAGCGGCGGCGGUGGCAGCAGCAUUGGCAGGAGCGGCGGCGGCGCGGACGGGUUCGGCCAGAGCGCCGUCACCGACAGCAGCAUCGGCGGGAAUGGAGGUGGUGCGGACGGCUUCGGCCAGAGCGCCGUCCCCGACAGCAGCAUCGGCGGUGGCGGCAUCGGUGACGGGGGGAACGGCACCAGCAGCAGCAGCAGCAGCAGCAGCGGCGGCGUCCCCGGUCGCCGCGUUGGCGUUGGGUGUCCAGACGGCCGCAGAGGCGGAGGUGUCGACAUCGGUGACGGGGGUAACGGCAGCGGCGGCAGCAGUAGCGGAGUCCCCGGUCGCCGCGUUGGCGUCGGGUAUCCAGACGGCCGCAGCGGCGGCGGUAGCGACAUCGAUGAUGGGAAUAACGGCAACGGCGACAGCAGCAGCGGCGUCCCCGUUCGCCGCAUUGGCGUCGGGUGUCCAGACGGCCGCAGGGGCGGCGGCGGCGGCACCGGUGACGGAGGUAUGUGACGAAGAGUUGGAGGAAGCGGUUGGUGCGACAACCAUGACAUUGCCAGUCCUCGAGGAGCUUGAUAGUCAAUAUGCUGGGGGGGACGUGAGCAACAGCAGCAUCAGCAGCAGCAGUAGCAGCAGCUGGAGCAGCGAGGACAGCGGCGGCGAUGGGAGCGGGGACGAGGAGUUGGAUGAAACCUGGAGUGGAGGCCCGACGCACCCCUUCGACCCCAGUACGACAUCUUCGCGUGGCGCGAGGAGACGGGGGGCGGUUCCAGGGGUGGCGUACCCCUUCGAUAGGGGCAGGAACGGGAGUGGCAGCUCCGGCGGCGGCAACGGCGGUAACGGCGGCAGCCGCAGCAGCGACGUGAGUAGCGGCUUCGGCCAGAGCUCCGGCGGCGACACCGGCGGCAGCGGGAGCAGCGACGGGAGUGGUGGCUUCGGCCAGAGCUCCGACGGCAGCAGAAGAAGGCAGCGGCGGCUUUGGCCAGAGCCCCGUCGGCGGCAGCGGCGACAACGGCGGCGGUGGUAGAGGCGGCAGCAUCGACGUCACCGGCAGCCGUGUUGGCGCUGGAACUCAUGACGGUCGUGGCGGCGGGGGUACGGAAACGGCGGCGAUGGCAGCGGCGGCAGCAGCGGUGGCACCCUCGAGUCGACCGGGAACGGGGAGGACACGGUGACAGCGACGACCUCAACUUGUUACAGCCAAGUGGGAGAACAUGUGAAACGUUUACGACUUUGUUCGGUUUUGUGAGCAGGCAUGGACGUUUUAGCUUCGCCAUUUGGCUUCGCAUUUAUUUUUUUUUGUUCUGUUUUUCCCUUGCUAGCGCACCGUGCACUUUGAUUCAGAAAACACGUGUAUACCACGGCGUGUGCGUAAUUUUUUUUUUUACUUAUUUUAAGUUCGGCAUUGGUAGCUCGGGGUGAAUUUUGGGAGCUGACAGCAGGGGGGCUGUUUGC